AUGACGUCCAAUAAUGCCACGCCAGUUCUGGCGACUCACAUUGAUCGAUCAGCUACCCAAAACAAAGCCGGCUCUGGAUCCUACACCUACUACCACGCUGGACCUCUUUUCACAAUCGGUGACCUGCACACGAACGUGCUCCUCUCCCGUGCCAUCUCACGACUGUCCAAUGGCAAGUUCAGACCACUUUUACCUCAGGACUUGGAGCAGCGAGGCCAUGUCACACCACAGAACAUCCGCGACAAGGACAUUCGAGCUCUUCUCAAUUGCGACCUAGCGCUCUUCACAUACGAUGGCGCCGAGCUGGAUUCCGGCACUGUGGUAGAGUUCAUGAUCGCUAAGAUGGCCGACAUUCCCUGCGUCAUCCUUCGAAGCGAUUUCAGACAUGGAGGCGACCAAGCGAGCAAAGAUUCGGCGGGUCAGCCAUGGAACUUGAUGAGUAGCUUCUGGCCCAGGACUAAUGCGGUUGUUGUUGAUGCUAUGUUGGACUACAAGCAAGCUUUAGCUGUUGCAAUCAAGGGUGGUACCGACGGUGCGGCUGAGCUGAGCCACUUUGCGGGCGAGAGCUUGAUUGGAAGGACUGCAAAGAGAUGCGUCGACGCCUUGGAUGAGGUGCUGAAGCUUCCGUCGAGAAUGCCCAAAGAGCUCCGUGAGAGUGUUUAUCGAUGGCUGGCGCUGAUGCCGGGAUAUGCGGAAGGGGACGAUGCUCAAGAUGUCAGUGAGGCAAUCUCAUUGCUGGCUAAGAAAGAGGCAAAGGGCCUGCUUCAAUGA